AGAUGAGGAGGAUGAACCAGUCGAAAUGUCGUCCUCGCUGACACGGACAGAACCAUUCUCGCAGUUCUAACACUUCACCACAAGAGGGUGGUAUAGUACUUUCAGAGCAGAGUGAGACCGUGGACGUAUAACCUGUUAGCUGUCUACAAGAUCACGUCCAGUAGCAAAAUGGCGUCUGACAGUGAUGGUGAAGAAGAUUUUGUGACUUAUGGAACCCCUUUAGAACCUCUCGAAGAAGGUGAGCCCCUGAGGAAGCCGAUCCCAAUUCAGGAUCAGAUGGUCAAGGAUGAGAAGGGACGCUUCAAGAGGUUCCAUGGAGCCUUCACGGGUGGUUUUUCGGCUGGCUACUUCAACACUGUGGGAUCCAAAGAAGGAUGGGCACCAUCGACUUUUGUGUCGUCACGACAGCAGAAAGCGGAAAAACAAAUGGUCAGACCUGAAGAUUUCAUGGAUGAGGAGGAUCUUGGUGAGCACGGCAUAGCGCCCCGCGAGAUCACCACCACGGAUGACUUUGCGUCCGGGAGACGGGACCAGGUGCGGGACAAGGCCCGGGCAAUCACCGCUCUCACCGCGCCCAUCCCGGGGGACACUGUGCUGGAGGACCUUGUUGCUCCGGCCAGGACUUCAGUGGGGGUUGAGCUGCUGAGAAAGAUGGGGUGGAAAGAAGGGCAGGGUGUGGGGCCCCGUGUGAAGAGGAAACCUGCCAAACAGAAGAACGAUGCUGGGUUAAGAGGGUAUGGUUGUGCUUUGCCACCGAAUGGAUCUGAGGAAUCUGAGGAGGAGGAGGAUGAAUACGUCCCUGAAAACGUGACGUUUGCGCCGAAAGACGUCAUGCCCAUCGACUUCACCCCCAAAGACGACCUGCACGGGCUGGGGUACCGGGGCCUGAACCCGCAGCAGGCGCUGGUGGGCGGGUCCGGGGCGGGGCACUUUGACCUCUUCACCCUGGACUCGGACAGGGCCAGCAGCCUGCUGGGCGACUCCGGCCCUAAAAACAGGCGGAGGGGUGGGGUAGCGGGUCAGGCGUUUGGUGUGGGGGCGCUGGAGGAGGAGGAUGAUGAUAUCUACCACAGAGACGCCCUCUCCAACUACGACACCGUGCUGGGGGGGGAGGAGCCAGGAGACGGGCUCUUCGGCUGGACGGCGCCACAGCAGUACAGAAACAAGAAAAAAGCGCCCAGUAAAGACGCAGCUUAUCUGGGUAAAAUACUGGAGGGCUUCACCCUGGCUGCCAACCCCGUGGACAAUAAAACCAUUUUCCCCCCUCCUGUGCUCCCGCGGGACUACAGACCAGUGCACUACUUCCGGCCCGUGGUGGACCUGUCCACCGUGAGCCCCCAGGUGGCCCAGGCCCUGCAGGCGUCGGUGGGGCACCUGUCCCAGGACUCCCAGCCUCAGGGGCGUCACCAGCUCGACUCCUCUCAGCGGAGAGAGCUGCUGGGGGAGUCGUCUCUGCAAGGGCCCAGCUCAGUCUUUGACCUGCUGGACGGUAAGGACAAGGAGCGUCUGGAGGGACUGCGGAAAGCAGCGCAGGAGAGGAAGCCUGAAGGCUCGUCCGAAGACCGGCGCGUGGCCAUGGUGGCAGCGGGCGUGGCCGCCGCGGGUGCAGCUGCCGCCGCCGCCAGGGCCUCUUCCCAGCAUGCCCUGUCCAGCCGCUUCCAGCCCGCGGGCGCUGAGCAGGCCCUGAGCGCCUGGAGCAGCCCUACGGCGCACUCCGCCGAGACCUUCAAGCCCUUCGACAAAACCCCGCACAAGCAAGCGCGCUACGACCUGUACAUCAGCAAGCUGAAGCAGGGAGACAAAGACGCUCUGGAGGCCAGCCUGGACCCCGGGAUGACGGAGUGGGAGCGGGGGCGGGAGCAGGACGAGUUCGUGCGGGCCGCCAUGCUCUACAAGCCCAGCAGCUCGUCCCUGAACAGCCGCUUCACCCGCGGCAAGCACGAGGACGACGGCAGCACCGUGGAGGUCCCGCGUGACCAGGAGGGUGACGCUGACGACAAGCAGGCGGCGGUGAAGAUGAAGAUGUUCGGCAAGCUGACGAGGGACACGUUUGAGUGGCACCCCGACACACUGCUCUGCAAACGCUUCAACAUCCCUGACCCUUACCCCGAGUCAGGGCUUGUGGGACUGCCCAAGGUAAAAAGAGACAAGUUCUCCGUGUUCAAUUUCUUAACCAUGACGGACGGCGGCGGCGGCGGCGGCGGCGGCGGCGGCGGCGGGGGGGGCAGCAGCACCAGUGGGAGGACCGAAGCGCAGGGUCCGCGUGGGCCUGCCGCCCCUCACGGUGCCCCCAAACCUGCAGAACCGGCGAAGAGGUCGAGGUGGGACGUGUCGGCCCAAGCCAGCGAGGCGAAGGACCCCCUGAGCGAGUUCCUGAGCGAGGCUCGCUGCCUGGCCUCGUCCACACCGCAAGAGCAGGGCAGCCAGGAGGGCGGCGCCCCAGCACCAGACACUGCUGCAGAGUCGAAAGCGGAGCCGCAGCAGGAAGAUGAGGAGGAGGAAGAGGAGACCCGGCCGCCCAUGGAUUUGUUCAAGGCCAUCUUCGCCAGUUCAUCCGACGAGAAGUCUUCCUCGUCGUCUGAGGGGGAGAGCGAGGACGAGCAGGAGGAAGGUGGCCAGGAACAGCCAGGGCCUCAGGCAGUGAGCCAGCCCAACACAGGCCCCCACCUGCCAGCUGCUGCAGCUCCACCCACCCCCACCCCAGCCCCGGUCCCGGCCCGGGCCCCCACCCCGGCCCAACAAGAAGUGAAAGCCGCCCCAGUGGCGAGUGGGUCCUCUGGCGUCCCUCCCCAGGGCCGGAGAGAGGAAGAGGAGGAGUUUGGGCCCAGACUGCCGCCUCCGUCAUACCCUUGGGGACAGCAGCUUUCCUCCUCAGUCCCUCCAUCCAAGGAGGAAAAACACAAGAAGAAAUGCAAAGAGAAGCACAAGGCCAAGAAGGAGCAUAAACACAAGAAGGAGAAAAAGCACAAGAAGAAGCACAGGAAGCACAAACACAAGGGAAAGCAGAAGAAGAAGAAGGCGGCGGAGGACUCCGGCAGCAGUUCCGGCGCCUCGGCGGACAGCGGCAGCGACUCGGACGACGGCCCUGGCGCUUUGUCGACCGAGGAGCUGCUGAAAAGGCUGAAAACUCUCGGUGGGAAGAAGGUGCUUUGAAUGCGCUGAAACGGAAGAAGUGCACGUGUCCUCUGUGAGGAUGCCCUUUGGCUCACUGCUGUGGUGUUACAUGGUGCUCAACGCAUAGCAUACGUUGUAUUGCCCCGUUCAGAGCCCUGUACAGACGGAUCCUCAGUUCCCUCAGACUGCAGCUGGGAACUGCUCAGUAGAGUGCCACAGGAAUGGAAAGUGAAUUAUGAUUCUUUAUGAUUCUUUAUUUUACAGUUUCUAAAGACUGUAGAUUUUCAAGUCGUCACCCAUCAAGAUGGUGGAGAUUUUGUUUUUAAAUAAAUGCGAACUUGGCAGAGUGUAAAUAUUUGGACUUUUAAUUUAGAUAUUUGGUUGUGGAUUUUUGAUGAAGUUUGUAUUAAACAUCGACAUCUUGGGGUUUUAA